AUGGCGUAUGCUACGCAAGAUCACUGGGCGGAAGACUUCAUUACUGCCUCGACAAGUGGUCAGACAGCUCCCAGCCCAGCCGCGUUUCCUGAAUCUCCUCACGCUUCGAGGAGCUACUGGAUUCGCGAAUUUCCAAUACCCUUUGAAGAUCAAUGGAUUAAAGCUCCAAUCCAAUCAGAGGUUGACGUGGCAAUUAUCGGCUCUGGGAUCAGUGGUGCGUCCGUUGCGUAUGCACUGUCCGAAUCACGGCCGGGUCUCAAAAUUGCGAUGUUUGAGGCUCGGGGUAUCUGUACUGGUGCCACGGGACGGAACGGUGGCCAUAUUGGACGGCCAGAGGCCUACAACAUGAUUGAGAUGUCCAAGAUUUUCGGAGUUGAGGAUGCGGUGCGACAGCGACAGCUUACGAGGAUUAAUCGUGAGAUGAUGAUUGACACAGUGAAGAAAUUGGACGCGGUUGAAGAAGUUGACUUGAGCAUUAAAGGCACUCUAGUUGUUUUCAAGGAUGGAAACGAACGACAGAAAUUUGUUGAUGAUCUCGCUUACGCGAAAGAGAUAGGAUUAAAGACCGAAGGUCAUGUGGUGGACGCAGAGUGGGUUUCAAAGCAUCUUGCGAUUAGCCCCAGCAAAACACAGUUCGGUGGAGCAUACCUCGAAAAUUCCGCUCUCGAGCGAAUGAAUGACUUCUCCCUCCAUCCUUAUACUCCUGUCUCGAAGGUCGACUUUGACUGUGACGCAAGUGACCAUAAGUUCACUCUAACGACAAGUAAGGGGCAAGUUAAGACGAAGAUCGUCUUUCAUGCGACGAACGGUUAUGUGUCUCAUGUUCUACCGUCGAUGGCUGGCAAGAACGGAGUUAUCGGCUGCAGAGCACAUAUGAUCGGGAUUUCACCCAACCUCCCUCGAACAGCAGUACAGCUAGAAGGGGGAUUCGGCUAUGCCGACUUCUGGCAUUGGAUUCUGCAGAGGCCCAACAACGGCCCCUAUCUAUAUGGAUUAGCUACAGCAGAAAAAAUGGGGGACUACAACGACACGACUACGAUUCCAGAUAACGAUCCGAUCCGCAUGGAGAUGCUAUCGUUUUUAGAAGAAGUAUUUCCUCAUAGCUUCAAAGACCUCACGGUAGAAAAGGACAUUGUAUAUGAUUGGACUGGCGUCCAGGGAUUCACCGCCACUGGCGCGAGUAUCGUCGGUCGCCCGAAUCCUGAGCGUCGUGGAGAGUUUGUUUCGGUUGGACACAACGGCGAAGGAAUGGGACGUUGCUUUGCAUGUUCAGUUGUGAUACAUGAAGCCAUUCUGGCAGAGCUUGAUGGCAUUACGACCUGGACGCCUCCUGCUUGGUUUCCAAUGUCGUAUCGGCGAAAUAUAUGA